ACGCCGCUGCCGAAUCCGGAUACGGAUACACUUUAUUAUCGCCAUAAACACAAAUAUUUUUUUAUAAUAAUAAUAUUAUUUACACACACACGAUUUAACCGCGUUACCGCUGUCGCCCCCUUAUCUCCCUCACAGAUUUUACGCCACGCGCAAAACAGUUACGCGUGUUUUUUUCCACCCCGUCUCCGCGGAAUCCGAAAUGACGGUCGUUUGUGACUCGCAACGGUUUAUGGUUCGGAGUUCGGUAGUAUAGGCAGAUAGGUGAGUAGGUACUGUAUAAUAUAAUAAUAUUAAACAGGCCGUGUCUGAGACGAUGGAAAAAAAACCGAUCGAAAUGACGACGUCUUGUCCAUGCGAGAGAAACUCGCGCGCCAUAUCUAAAUCUCGGUCGUGGCCGAUGCUGUACACCGUGAUGGAAGAAGAAACAGUCGGAGGAGCUGCCCUUGCGUCCACCGCAACGGCCGCGGUCGACGGACAGCAGCAGCAGUUACUUCCGGAUAAGAGCAGAGCGGUGCAUCAGCUGCAGGUGGCCGCGCCGGCUGCGAACGUGGGCAGACUCCUCCGCCGGCACUAUUAUCCGGAAGCCGGAUGGGGCUGGGUGGUGGUCGUUUGUGCGUGCAUGGUGCACUUGCUCAAUCACGGGCUGCAACUGUCAUUCGGCGCCUUGGAGAAAGAUGUAGUGCACAAGUUUCGGGACGCCACUUAUAUGAGAACAGGAUGGCUGGGAGCAAUGUCCACGGGAGUGGCGCUUUUGCUGUCGCCGGUGACGAUAGCGUUUUGCCGGCGGAAAUCUACAAGAUUGACUGCCGUCAUGGGCGGCCUAAUCACCGCGCUUGGAUGUCUCUUCACCAGUUUUGCCACACAGUUCCAUCAAUUGUUCUUCAGCUACGGCACCGUCAUCGGAAUCGGAGUGGGCAUGACCAGAGAUUGUUCCACGCUGAUGGUGGCGCAAUAUUUUAAGCGAAAACGCGAGUUCGUCGAGAUAUUUAUCGUGUCCGGCAGCGGGAUGGGCAUAGCCGUCAUGUCGAGUUUCAUCAAAGGAGCCAUAAGCGCUAUCGGCUGGCGACUUGGACUCCAGCUGGUCACUGCUACGGUGUUCACCACGUUCCUGUUGGGCACGUGCUACAGGUCAGCAUCGCUUUACCACCCACAGAGACGAGCCAUUCUGCACCUGAAGAACCAGAAGCGGAAAAUCAAGGACAAGAAUCGGCACGACGACCGACCGCCGUUCCUUGACUUCACCACACUCCGCAGCAAGACCGUCAGAAUCCUACUCGUGUCUACCGGUAUUAGUGCGUUCGGCAUAAACACUCCAAUAUUCUACCUGGCUCACCAGGCCGAAGAGGACGGGCUCGGCGACUCGGUGCUGACGCUGCAGGUGCACAUGGGACUCGCGUGGACCGUGGGUUGCGUGGCGUUCGGGCUGAUCGUCGUUCGGAACUCGGUGGAGUGCCGGAUCGCCAGACAGUACUUGUGCCAGGCGUCCGUGUUCAUGUGCGGCGUGUCCAUACUGGCGCUGACUACGGUCCGUGGCGACCGACAGGGGUAUGUCAUGUUCGCCUGGGUGUACGGCAUGUUCUGCGGUGGAUACCAUUAUUCGCUCAAGAUGUACACGUACGAGCGGGUCCGGGCGCGGAACUUUGCCCGCACCUGGGGAUUCGUCCAGUGCUCGCAGGCCAUACCAAUCGCCCUCGGAGUGCCCAUAUCCGGUUACAUCAACAUUGGCUACGGUGCCAAGACGGGUUAUUACUUCAGCUCAGCGUGCGUGUUGCUCGGCAGUCUGACCAUGUUCUUCAUUGACCUGCAUCGGCGGAACGUGCAGAGGCACAAGCACAACGAGUCAGGUACGAAGAAGCUGUGCGUUUCUGACUCGUGUCCGCAGCGUCGGAGGCUGUCGUUCACCAUCGAGCCCGAAGAAGUGGUGGUGAUGGAACCCCCUUUAAACAUGCAGGGCGUCGGACUCGUCGGCGGUGGAAGCGGUGGCAGCGGUGGCUUGGGGCUACUGAUGGGCGGCGGUGGGGGCGGAAGUGGCGGGAGUAGUGGUAGUGGCGGUGGCGGAGGUGGCGGUGGACCCAACGACAAGCCCGAGCUGACGUGCAUUUCCGAAGAGGGUAUCGCCGACAUGGAUCUGCCCGACAACCUGCUCGACGACCUCGACUACAUCGGCGAUUGCAUCACGUCGUGCAACAAGGUGGAAAACUACUUGAUGCUGAGCGAGUUCGAGAACAACCUGAUCGCCGAGAUGCCGGUAAUCAUGGACCGGAAGGGCCGCAGGUGGUCGUUAGCCAAACAGGCGGAAGAGGAGACGCCCAGGGGCGGCAAGUGGCGUCUGGUCGCCGGACAUAACAGCAGGAUGAUCACAGUCAUCGAUGAGGCGUCCGUGUAAAACGACCGCUCGUAAUAAUAUUUUAUAUUCAUAUGUUGUAUUAUUAUUAUUAUUUUUUAUUAUUAUUAUUGUUGAAUAUGUGUUCAUUUUAUUAUUAUUAUUAUUUUGUUUACUAUUAUAUUCUUUUAUUUAAUUAAAUUGCAAAAUGACACAGUAUAUAUUUCUGUGGUCGGCAUUACUCAAAUGUUUGUGGCGAUCAUUGUCGUAAUCAAAAAUAGAAUAUACUUAAAGUGGAUAUACAACGAACGGAAAAUUGUUGACGUUAUCUGACUUUAUUAAUUGUAUAAAAUUAUUUUUUUAUUUAUACACGGAUAAUACAGUAGCGAGUAGUCGUCCAAAUUAAAUAUAUUUGUCCCUUAAAUUAAAAUUUUUAUAUUUAAUCGAUAUCGGAUAUCUAUUAGAUAUCUAUACUACGAUAAUAUUAUAGAAAUGCAUU